GAGGGAAAGUUAGACGCUCACAAGCGACUGGGACGAGAAAAGGACGUCCCAGGGCGGCGAAAGAGUCGACAUUGGACGAGAUUCCACAGCGGGAAUGUCGCUCGCUCGCUCGUGGGAGUGUUGAGACGCAGCCGAGGAAAAGCGUCGACGCUUGGGCUCUUCCAAUCUGGACGGCGUGAUGCGGCGCUGAGGCGGCGGCGUGUGGCUGCGCUGUGACGUGAUCACGAUGGGGAAGGAGCAGGACCUCCUGCAGGCGGUCAAGAGCGGGGACCUGUCGUCCACGCACAAGCUUCUGUCCAAGCUGAAGAGCGGCAGGAGCAAACUUUUAGGAUCCACAAAGAGACUCAACGUCAACUACCAGGACACCGACGGCUUCUCAGCGCUGCACCACGCCGCGCUCACGGGCACCGCAGAGCUGCUGGCGGCGCUGCUGGAGGCGCAGGCCGCCGUGGAUGUCAAGGACAGCAACGGAAUGCGCCCGCUGCACUACGCAGCGUGGCAAGGCAAGUCUGAGUCGGUCCUGCUGCUUCUGCGUUCGGGAGCGUCCGUCAACGGCGUCUCGCUGGACGGGCACAUCCCGCUCCACCUGGCCGCGCAAUACGGCCAUUACCAAGUGUCGGAGACGCUCCUGCAGCACCAGUCCAACCCGUGCGUCGUCAACAAGGCCAAGAAGACGCCGCUCGACCUCGCCUGCGAGUUCGGACGCGCCAAGGUGGCCCAUCUGCUUUUGAGUAGCAACAUGGCGCCAUCGCUGCUGGAGUGCGAGCGUAAGGAGGCGAGCGACGCGGCGUUCACCACGCCGCUGCACCUCGCCGCACGCAACGGCCACAAGGACGUCAUCGGGCUGCUGCUGAAGGCAGGCAUCGACAUCAACGCCACCACCAAGUCGGGCACCGCCCUGCACGAAGCUGCCCUCUAUGGGAAGACGGAGGUGGUGCGGCUGCUCCUGGAUGCCGGCGUGGACGUGCACAUCCGAAACACGUACAACCAGACGGCGCUGGACAUUGUCAACCAGUUCACGACCUCGCACGCCAGCAGAGACAUCAAGCAGCUGCUCAGAGACGCCACGGGGGUCCUGCAGGUAAGAGCGAUGAAGGACUUGUGGACUCUCCACGACCCGACCGCCCUCAACGUCCGCGCCGGGGACGUCAUCACGGUUCUGGAGCAGCACGCGGACGGCCGUUGGAAGGGUCACAUCCACGACGGGCAGCGCAGGACCGACCGGGUGGGCUUCUUCCCGCCCUCCAUCGUGGAGGUCAUCAGCCGGCGCGGCGGUGGCGGGGGCACCCUCUCCCGGCACGCCUCCCUGCCCGCUCAGCGCCCGUCCAGAGCCCCCCUAUCCAUCGGCCUCGGCUCGGGCCCUCACGCCGACGAUUCCUACUCCCCGUGCGCCCCCCUCGCCCUGGCCGCAGGAGACCGCAGCAGCGUGGGCAGCAGCGAGAGCGUGGGCAGCACACGCAGCGCCGGCAGCGGCCAAAGCACCGAAAGCAACAACAACAACACGCUCAACAACAACAACACGGUGACCGACGCGCACAACGGGAUAGCGCACCCCGCUGCCGCCGCUCACCACGACAACAAGGCGGCGCCUCCUACGGCUGACUGCGGACCCUUGCUCUUGAGCAAGCAGCCUCAGCAUCACGCAGGUGGUGUGUCCCCCCGCAGGCCGACGGUGACGGUGCAGCAAGCGACGGAGCAGACCUUUGCCCAGCAGCAGUUUUUUCGCCCUCAGCAGCUGCUGGACGGCAAGGACGCCGAGGCCAUCUUCCAGUGGCUGAGUGACUUCCAGUUGGAGCAGUACGCGGGGAACUUCAUCAGUGCCGGUUACGACGUCCCCACUAUCAGCAGGAUGACGCCUGAGGAUCUGACGGCCAUCGGCGUGACCAAACCGGGACACCGCAAGAAAAUCUCCAUGGAGAUCAACAAGCUGAACAUGCCCGAGUGGCUUCCGGAGUACAUCCCGUCGGACCUUGGCGAGUGGCUCAGCGCCAUUGGCCUACCGCAGUACCUGAAAAGACUCUCGGAAAACGGCUACGACAGCAUCGGCAUUGUCAAAGAUUUGACAUGGGAAGACCUGCAAGAGAUUGGCAUCACUAAACUGGGCCACCAGAAGAAGUUGAUGUUGGCGGUGAAGAAGCUGUGCGACAUCCACAGGGCGAUCCUUCAGGCGGAGUCCAGCCAGGGAACGUUGCGCCGCAAGGCUCCCGGAGCGCUGCACGUGGUCGCCAUCGACCCGCCGGACGCCGGGGCGGAGUCCUCGUCCCCCCGCACGCCAAAGACAAUGAUGACUUUCCAGGACAGCGAGCUGAGCGCGGAGCUGCAGUCGGCCAUGUCCGGCCACUACGCGGACUGCGAGGACGGCCCGUUCAUCAGGAACGGCGUAAGCUCGUCCUACGGCCAGGAUGGCGAGGAAGCUCGGUGUCGAGGUUCCGGACGCUCCCAGGAACUUCCCACUGCCUCCGUCACCCCCCACGGCUGGUCCCAGGAGAGCCUGGACAGCAGCCCUGCCAGGGACAGGAACCUCCCCGAGGGCUGGGACCAGAGACCAGUCCACAAGCUGGUUCCUCUGGGAACGGCCACAGUUUUCAAGUACCCCGCCGUCCCUGGCAAACCCAAAAUGUCCCGGUCUCACGGCUCGUCUCCUCACGGCUCGCCGGCGUUAAAGGGCUUCAGCUACCUGCACGCUCACUGCGGCUCCGCAGAGCUCAAUGUGUCCGCCGGACCCCGGGAGCAUGGCCGGGCUCUGGCGCCUCCCAAGAAACGAACCCACAGUCUGAACCGCCACGCUCUGUCGGACGGAGAACCAGACGAGGACGACGAGGAGCCGGCGCUUCCAUGUCGAAACGUCCCUUCGUACGCGACACUGAGCCGCAAAGCUGGCCGCUCUCAGACGACUCGGACACAGUCCAGUCCGGACAAAAGCACCAAGGUAGGCCGCAGUCAGUCUUUUGCCGUGCGAGCGCGGAAAAAGGGACCCCCGCCGCCCCCUCCCAAGAGACUGAGCUCAGUGAGCAGCACCACCAGCGGCGAGCUGAGCGACAGCAGCACUGCGUCGUCGUCGGGCGGCGGUAGCCUGGUGACCGUGCCGUUGAGCAGCGUUAUGAACGACAGCGGCGGCGCUUCGUCGUCGGGCAGCGACGGGGGCGUGGUGACCGACAGUCCGGGAAGCGUCAGGAGCAUCGCUGCCUCCCUGAAAGGAAGCACAGAGACCCGAAACCCUCCGGAUGCCAAAGGUGACCCCGAUCCGCAGGCUCCGCCCGCCCCCGAGUCCAAAGAGACCCCGGGGGUGAGUAGGAGUGUGCGGAGCGAGGGCGAGCCAGACAUAGGCGACAAGUCGGACACUGAAGAAGCUGACUCGCGGUCCCCUCACAACAGCUCCAGCGAGUGCAUCCCCUUCGCCGAGGAGGGAAACCUAACCAUCAAGCAGAGGCCCAAAGCCGGGGCCCCGGGACCCCCCAGGGCAGAGGCCGCGCCGCAGCCUCCGGCUGCCAAGGACCCCGAAGUGCCCGAAUUCAACCUGAAAGAGUCGGACACGGUCAAGCGGCGACACAAACCCAAAGACAAGGACGAAGGAUCCCCCUGCAGAGACCCGGCCGAGGCCAACGAGGGGAACCCGGAGGAAGUCUUUUUGAGGGUGGACGGAGGGUUCCCCAUCAAACCUCUGCUGUCCGCGAAACCUCCGCUCGUAGCCCCCAAACCUGUACGACACAGCCUGUUGGCGGCGCAAGCUGGACUCGGAUCUCCGACGGUGAGCGUCAGCGUGGUCCAAAGUCUGGCGUUCGGCGCCGCGUCGUCCUCGUGGGCACGUGGGGCGGCGACGGCCUCCCCCGUCUCUCUUAGCCCCGCCCCCUCCCCCCCGUCGGUCCCCAGAGUCCAGGCCUCGGGGGGGCCCGGUGGGACGGAGGUGGUCCAGCAGAGACUGGAGGAGACCAGCACGUCUCUGGCGGCGGCCCUCAAGGCCGUGGAGAGGAAGCUGAUCCUGGACCGGGACCAGGGGGACAGCAGAUUCAACACGGUCAAGUCUGCAGGAAACAUCUUGGACGACAUCGGGAACAUGUUCGACGACCUGGCCGACCAGCUGGACGCCAUGUUGGACUGAAGGCGCCCUUCAAAAUACAAUCUCAGGAAGUGACAUGAGGACAAACGGCAGCACUUCAUCAACAGGGUGGAGGUGCUUUUAUUGUGAAGUGCUAAUAGGAACGGGAAGUAGACAGCAACUCUUCAUUCUGUACCUCGUGUAAUGUCACUUCCUGAAAAUUUAAGUUGUUAUUGCAGUCAAACCUUUGGACGGAAACCGGGAGACCACAUUGACGUGUUACGCACGCAUUCGUUCAAGCUACAAGCAGCCGACAUGGUCCAGUCUGCGUUCCGUUCGAUGCAUGUGAUUUGGAAGAAGUAAAACACUGGAAAAAAAUGACAGCAAACAUUUUAUUUUGUAAGGAGGAAAAGACCUCCUCCUCCCGUCCAAACAUUUCGAACUUGUUCUUGUUGGAAAAGAGUCGAAGGAGUUGAUUCCUUCCCACGAGCGCCAUCGAAACUCUUUCCUUGCCAUUGGGAUGAUUAUUACCAUGCUAACUGCCUACGCUAGGCUAUGUCCAUUAGCACCUUUGCCCGUCCACUUUCAGGUGGAUGAUGUCUAUUUGCCCGAGCUCAUGUUUCUCACUAACGUGAUUGUUGCGUUUAUUAGUCUGCCGCAGCAAUUCCUACAGGGAAAGGCUUAAGAAGAUGCUUUUAAAAGGGAAGCGCAAAGAUUUGAUUCGAUUGUCCUAUUUAACAGAAAUGAUUUGACAGAAAUUUAUUCAACCAAAGUCUUUGUACAGAUUAUUAAUGUGUUUAUAAUAUUUUUGGAUGUAUUCUGCACGCCGCUCUUGAUCCGUGACCCUCGCGGGACGGUCACGUGACCUCGGCCGUCCCGCUCGCACACGUGCGCAAUAACCCUCGCACGUUUGUCCUUUUGAUACAUCAAAUGAAUUAAAAGAAAAUAGGAUUCGUAUUAUUACGAACGCGUGUCUUGUCGUGUGUCAAAGUGACGAGAGUUUGGAUCAGGGGUCCGCAAAGUAUGACUCGGGAUCACAAGCUGUCCCUCUGUUCUGUUAGGACUGGGCCUCGCGCAGGGCAACAUCCUAAAAUUGUGAUUGUGAUUGUGAUUGUGAUUUUUCUUUUUGUUUCUUUUUUUUGGAAGAUGAUGCAUGAAAACGUUUUCCUUUGCCUGGACGCGGGUCACCGGGGGCCCCCCUCUGGAGCAAGGAGGUGGGGCUCGAAGGCGAGCGCCCGGUGGCCCGGCCUGCACCCAAGGGUCCCGAAAGGGUAACGUGGGUCCCCCUUCCCGUGGGCUCACCACCUGUGGGAGGGGCCGGGCGCAGUGCGAGUUGGGUGGUGGCCGACGGCAGGGACCUCGGCGAGCCGAUCCCCGGCUACAGAAGCCGGCUCUAGGGACGUGGAACAUCACCUCUCUAGCAGAGAAGGAGGCCGAGCUGGUGUGUGAGGUCGAGAAGUUGCGGCCAGAUACGGUCGGGCUCGCCUCCACACACGGCUUGGGCUCUGGUACCAGUCCUCUUGAGCGGGGUUGGACUGUCUUCCACUCUGGAGUUGCCCACGGUGAGAGGCGUAGAAGGGGUGUGAGUAUACUUAUUGUGCUCCGGCUCGGCGCCUGUGCAACGGGGUUCACCACGGUGGACGAGAUUGUAGCCUCCCUCCGCCUUCGGGUGGGGGGACGGGUCCUGACUUGUUUGUGCCCGUGCACCAAACAGCACUUCAGAGUACCCACCCUUUGGGGAGUCCUUGGAGAGGGUGCUGGAGAGCGCUCCCACAGCGGACUCCAUCGGUCUGGUGGGGGACUUCAAUGCUCACGGGGGCAAUGACAGUGAGACCUGGAAGGGUGUGAUUGGGAGGAACGCCCUCCCCCCCCCCACCCUGAUCGGAACCUGAGUGGAGCUCUGUUAUUGGACUUCUGUGCUCAUCACGGAUUGUCCCUGACGAACACCAUGUUCAAGCAUAAGGGUGUCCAUAUGUGAACUUGGCACCAGGACAACCUAGGUCGCAGUUUGAUGAUCGACAUGUCUUGGGCACUCGCGUGAAGAGAGGGGCGGAGCUGUCAACUGAUCACCACCUGGUUGUGUGUUGGCUCCGAUGGUGGGGGAAGACGCCAGUCCAACCUGGCAGGCCCAAACGUAUUGUGAGGGUCUGCUGGGAACGUCUGGCAGAAUCCCCUGUCAGAAGUAGUUUCAACUCCCACCUUCGGCACAAUUUCACCCACGUCCCGAUGUGGGGGACGUUGAGUCCGAGCGGACCGUGUUCCGUGCCGCCAUUGCUGAGUCGGUCGAUCGACCGUAGCUGUGGCCGUAAGCAGGCAGCCGUGCCCAAUGGUUAAGAUCAUCGCCUGCCACCGUGGGGGACCUAGGUUCAAGACCCCGACUGGACCAUCCGCCAACAUCCCACGGAAUCACGGCUGUGGUGUCCUUGAGCAAGACAUUGAUACCCCGAAAUGCUUCAGCUGCCCCCUGCUCCAGUGUGUUCCACUAACAUGUGUAUGUGCUCACUGUGAUGGGUUAAAUGCAGAGAACAAAUUUCGUGUGCAUGCAUGCAUGUUCAUGACAAUAAAAGAUGAUUCUUCUAGAUUCUAAGCAGGGGCGGAGCCAGAGGGGAUGCCGGGGUAGCACUGGAGCUCCCUGAAAUCUGAUUGGACCAUCCAUCCAUUUUCUGAGCCGCUUCUCCUCACUAGAGUCGCGGGCGUGCUGGAGCCUAUCCCAGCUGUCAUCGGGCAGGAGGCGGGGUACACCCUGAACUGGUUGCCAGCCAAUCGCAGGGCACAUCGAAACAAACAACCAUUCGCACUCACAGUCAUGCCUACGGGCAAUUUAGAGUCUCCAAUUAUUGCAUGUUUUUGGGAUGUGGGAGGAAACCGGAGUGCCCGGAGAAAAGCCACGCAGGCACGGGGAGAACAUGCAAACUCCACACAGGCGGGGACGGGGAUUGAACCCCGCACCUCAGAACUGUGAGGCUGACGAUCUAACCAGUCGGCCACCGUGCCGCCCUGAUUGGACCCAUAAAAAAAAAUAAAAAAGUGAAAUGAAAAUGGCCUUUAUUAUUCAAAUAAAUGAUCUAUCCAUUUUCGAUUGCGCUUAUCCUCAUCAAGGUCGCCUAUCUCGGUUAACGAGCACAAAGUUUGCGCAACCCUGGAACUUUCGAUGUUAACAUGGAAACAAGAUGACGUCAAACCGAGUGCGUGUUGUUGUGAUUUACUAAUAUUGUGUUCAAGUUUUCAAUCUUUUACAAUUGUACAGCACAUUUGUUGUUUAAAUAAAGUAAAAACAUGUU